ACUCAUGGCCAUCUUCCACUUUAUCGAGAUGAGAAUUUGCUGCUGACUUAGUUGAUACACUUCGUGAUGCUGUUGUCGAAGCAAAGACUGGUUUGCCUCGGCAUGACUUUGAUCGUCCGCUGUUGUGUUGUACAUCCUCUUGCAGAUUCCGGCACCGUGUCUCUGUCGUUAUCCUCGGUUACGGACUCCUCUCUGCAUGUCGCAAUCGAAGCUUGCAGAGGUCUCGUGAGCGAAUGUAAGAGCAGUAUGACGAUCGGUGAAGACUUCAUGGAGCCGCUUAAAAACGGUGAUGUUUACCCUCCAUCGAUCACCCCAACGGUGUUUACGGUCGUAGAUAAUUACAGUUCAGUAAUUCGAACAUUGAGCGAUGGACUCGGCAACAACCCAGUCGGCCAUGACGUCGAGGCGAAGGGCAUGUCGAAGUGGGUGUGGGGAGAGGUACGAGAGCAGCUCUGGUUGGCAGGACCCAUCAUGGUUAUGUAUGCGAUGCAGUACAUAAUGACUAUGGGGGGUGUUGUCUUCGUGGGUCAUCUCGGAGCUUUUUCUCUAGCUGCGAUGACGUUGGCCAACUCCUUCUGCGGCAUCACUGGCUACACCAUACUGACGGGAUUGGCAAGCGCCCUAGAGACGUUAUGUGGCCAAGCCCACGGAGCGAAGCAGUACGACCUGCUAGGAAUCUACUUGCAACGAGCGGUUUUCAUUUUGACUCUUGUAGCCUUGCCCAUCGGCCUUGUCUGGCUCAACAUGGCCCGCAUCCUCGUCGCCGUGGGCGAAGACCCCGUAAUUGCCGAAGCUGCACAAACCUUCACUUAUUUGCUGUACCCGAUCUUGAUCAUGUUUGGAGUACUGAUGCCGCUCAUUAAGUUCUUCCAAACUCAAGGAGCAGUGUUCCAGUUAAUGGUUUCCAUGGGACUGGUCGCAGUAUUACAUGUGGGACUUUGCUGGCUUUUCAUCGACAUAGUGGGUUUUGGCCUCCAUGGUGCAGCCAUGGCGAUGAAUAUAUCUAUCUUCAUUAAUUUAUGCCUUCUCUUUGCGUUCGUAAGAUUUUCUCCUCGAUUUGAGAACACAUUUACCUCAUUCUCAAUGGAAGCGUUCAAGGACUUCGGUGAAUUUUUACGUCUCGCUGUGCCGUCGGCGACGAUGAUGUGCUUGGAGACAUGGUCUUAUGAGAUUCUGACGCUGUUGUCGGGGCUGAUUCCUAACGCCAAACUAAACGUCUCAUCUUUCACCAUCUGUUUCGGCCUGCUUUCAUUAGCGAACCUGACUGCGCAGGCUCUCGGCGUCGCAACCAGUGUUCGAGUCUCGAAUGAACUUGGAGCAGGAAAGGCACAUGCAGCACGCUCCGCUGUGGCUGUAUCCGUGUCUAUUGGAUUAGCAAAUGGUGUAUCUGUGGCCAGUUCCAUCUACUUACUUCGAGACGUUUGGGGGAAUGCCUUCACCAGCGACUUGGAAGUUUCGCAGCUCGUGGCUCACACUGCACCAUAUCUCGCAGUACUCGCCGUUCUCUAUGCCUGCCAAGCCGUUCUUUCAGGAGUGAUGAGAGGUGUUGGAUGGCAACGUGCGGGUGCUAUUGCUAAUUUGGGAGCCUAUUACGGUGUUGGGUUACCCACCGCGCUGAUAUCAGUAUUCUUGUUCCGGUCUGAUUCAAAGGGUUUGUGGCUGGGUAUGGGUGUCGCCCUUCUGACACAAACCAUAAUCCUCAUCAGCAUCAUUCUCAGCACAGACUGGGAUAAGCUGGCACAGGAAGCAGUGCUGCGGUCACAUUCAUACAAGUCACGGCUACCCGUUUCGGCACCGCCUAUGCUCAAGCCCCUUCUAGAGGAGGAGGAGCAAUUACCAAAGAGCUUGGAAGACUGCCCUCGAGCGUUGUAAAUUCAUCACCUUUGUUGAGUCCUAAAUCGAAUAUUCUUCAUAGUAUGAAAGCUUGUGAUAAAAAUAUAUAAAAUCUUAUAAUUAUUUCAA